UUGACUGUAGCGCUCGAGCUCCAUUGAAAGUGGCUCCCUGGCUUAGACGCGGUGCGGGCAGACAAGGGGGCGGACCAGCCGGAGGAAAACUUGACAGAGAAAACAGCAGCCGCGCCGCUGACCUCCACAGCUGACACUUUUAUCAGCGCGAGCUUCCACGGGACACACAUUUACUGCGUGUCGCUGAGUGACGUGCCAGCGGACACAGCGGAGGCGCGCCCGGUAACGGAGUAACGUUUGCAGGAAAGCGAGAGGUGAGGCGGAGGCAGAUAUUUGUAGUUGAGAAGAAGAGCCUUGGUCACAGGUGGGGACUCAGCUACAGGUAGCCUCGCGGGAGCUGUCGUGGCACAAGAUAGCUGUGAAAGCGCACGCGGGUCAUGAGGAUUUCUCCGGUCGCUGCUCGGAGCGCCGCGUCGCAGCUGUGAACGAAGAAGAAGAAGAAGAAGAGGAGGCAGAAACCAGAGGAAGAGCCUGACCACUUCUCUGCCGCUCAGCCCGAGAGCAGAGGCAGCAUGUCCCGGAGGAAGCAGAGCAAACCCCGGCAGAUAAAGCGUUCUCUUGGGGAUCUCGAUGGCGGCGAGGAAAACACACCGGACAACCUGAGCCUAUCAGGAGAGGAGGGCGGAGCCUCCGACCCGGACGAUUCUGCAGAAGGCGACAGCUCCAGUCCGCCUCCGUACACACCAUUGUACAACGAAGAGCCCAGAACGCAGGACUCGGGAGGAGGCCCGGAUGAUAAAGACGUGGAAGGGGAGGAGCCUGCAUCGACGCACAGCGGAGCAGAGGAGGAAGAGGAAAGGGAGGAAGAGCAGGAGGUUUUACAUUGGAGGGGUCCAGAUGACCUGGAGCUAAGUGAUGAAGGUGGCGACAGCAGUGUGGUGACAGUAAGAGACCUCUCUCCAGACACAGUAUGGGGGCCCUACCCAGGAAUCGUCCAAUCACAGAGCAGCACCGAUGAGCAGGAGACCGAGAACAUUCGGAUGACCGUCGUGUGUGAAGAUCCAGAUUGUUGGAUUAGUCGCCUCCCUCUGACCUCCGAUGCCUCUGCAGCAAACUGCUCUAUCUACAGCCAAGGCGAGGACUUGUUCUGUAAGGUGAUGAAAGAGCUUACGGCCGGUGAAAGGCUCGUGGCGUUCGUGUCUCCUGUUCCACUGGGCUCCCCCUCUCCGGUGGCCCAAGGCUCUCCUCCACUGAGCCUUGUCGCCCACAAACAACCUGUGGUGAAGGAGGAGCCGUCGUACCCGGCAGCGCUGCACUCAGAGAUCCAGCUCCUCCCGCAGCAAGCUGGCAUGGCAGCAAUCUUGGCUACUGCUGUUGUCAAUAAGGACAUUUUCCCAUGUAAGGACUGUGGGAUCUGGUACCGUAGUGAGAGGAACCUGCAGGCCCAUCUUAUGUACUAUUGUGCCAGCCGUCAGAAGCAGCCAGCUGCAGCUUCCUCCCCUCCACAAGACAAACCCAAGGAGUCGUACCCCAAUGAACGCAUCUGCCCCUUCCCACAGUGCAACAAGAGCUGCCCCAGUGCCAGCUCACUCGAGAUUCACAUGCGCACACACAGUGGCGAGCGUCCAUUUGUCUGUCUCAUCUGUCUGUCAGCAUUCACCACUAAAGCGAACUGUGAGCGGCACCUUAAGGUCCAUACGGACACCCUGAACGGGGUGUGUCACGGCUGCGGCUUCGUCUCCACCACGAGGGACAUCCUCUACAGCCAUCUGGUCACCAGCCACAUGGUUUGCCAGCCUGGAUCUCGCAGUGAGGUGUACUCUCCGGGGCCAGGUCUCCCUAAGCUACCCCUGUCCAUCGGUCUGAGUCCAGGAGACUCUGGUGUUGUGCUGAAGUGUCAAGUUUGUGGCCACAAUGCUGACUCACCUGCUCAGCUCCAGCAACAUGUACGAACUCACCUGGAAGUCAGGGUCCCAGCUGAAAGAAGCCCUACUCCUCGUCAGAGUACCCCAUCGUCGGUCGACCACCCCCAACCGUCUCCCCAGGAGAAGGAACCCCUAGCUUCAUCCAGUCCAGGCACAAACGGAGGCUCAGCCACUCCUCGAGACUGCAGUCCUGCUGAUGACCAGAUCAUGGAGUUAAAGAUCAAAGAGGAGCCUCAUUCAGAUUCAGACACAGAAGAGCAGAAAAUGGAGAUUAAGGAGGAUGGAGAGGAGGAGGAGGAGGAGGAGAUGGGUGGAGAGGAGGUAGAUCAAGAGGCAGGAAGGAACAUAAAAGAGGCGCAAACGACCUCCUCCAGCCAAACAUCGAACUCGCCGAAGAGUCCAGCUACAACAACAGUGAAGGCAGAACCCACUAGUCCCACCCCUGGUUCUAGCCCCGCCCAUAUGGGAGGUGCAGGCUCAGUUGUUCCAGGAGGAGCGCUGUUCCUGCCUCAGUACAUGUUUAACCCCGAGGCAGCCAUCUUGCCUCAGGCCUCGGAGAUCCUGGCUAAAAUGUCAGAGAUGGUCCACAGUCGCCUAAAGCAGGGCCAGACGGUCGCCCAGAACAACGCCGCAGCCUUCUUUCCUUCUGGACCGACUGCACCCACGGCAACAGCCACUCCACCUCACAAAGGAGCUACCUGCUUCGAGUGCGAUAUCACCUUCAAUAACAUCAACAAUUUCUAUGCACACAAGAGGCUUUAUUGCUCAAGCAGGCAUCAAGGCGAAGGUGCAUCCUCAGCCUCGGGCCCCGCAUUGACUAGAGACGCAGCCUCGGCCGCCGCGCCUUCUGCUGGGACACGCGGCUCAUCUGCAUCUCCUCAGGGCGGAGCAUCAAGUAGGGCCGCCUCUGCCUCGCCGUCUGACUCCGAGCCUCCUGCAGGAAGUGGAGCAGCAGAAUCCAGGAGGGUGCUGGAGGUGAAGACUGAACCUCCAGCGGGGACAGAGGGAGUCCCGUCCUCUUCUGAAGGGGAAGGUGCUGGUACGAGUGUAGGAGGCGGAGGAGGCGGAGGAGGACGAGCAAGUGAAGGCAGCCAGAGUCCUGCUAGCGGUUCCACAGAGGACCUUGACGACGAUCCCAACAGAACCUUCUGCGAAGCCUGCAACAUCCGUUUCAGCCGUCACGACAACUACACUGUCCACAAACGUUUCUACUGUGCGUCGCGCCACGACCCGUCCAACCAGAGAGCCGUACACAUGGCCAAGACCACCAACACAGCCGCCUUCAUUCCGCAGCCCAUCCGAACACGCAAAAGAAAGAAGAUGUAUGAGAUUCACAUGGCAAGAACCGAGGCGUUAGCUAACGCUGCCGCUGCAGCAGCAGCAGCGGCAGCCACUGCCGCCGCCUCUGCUCCAUCCCCCUCGGUUCUGGGCUUGGUAGUAAAGCAGGAAGUCUCUCCCAGUGGUGCAGGUGGCUCAAGUCCCGAAGGAGAUGGCCCAAUCGACCUGAGCAAGAGGCCCCGUCUCAGAGAGGCUCCACGGCACAGCGGCAGCAGCAGCGGCGGCGGCAGCAGCAUUCUCCCAGCCCUGCCUCUCACCGACUACCACAAGUGCACAGCCUGCAGCAUCAGUUUCAACAGUAUUGAGAACUACCUGGCUCAUAAAACAUACUACUGCCCUGCCACCACCCUCCAACCCCACACUUUGGAGCAGCUUCACAGGCUCAAGAGAUCAGCCUCCACCUCUCCAAAAAGCAGGCCUCAGCAGGAGCGUUCGGAUCUCCUGCACCCUGUGGAGAAUAAAGCUCACCCAGCUGAGUGGGUGGCCCAGGCUCAGGGCACGUCAUCCAGUCCUCACACCUCUGCCUUACCCGCCUCGGAUGCUGCAUCUCCUUCGCAUACAAAUACCACACUUGCAGCCUCUCCAGGAGCUGGAGCCAAAAGCGUGGUCACGGCUUCUGCUCAGAUGGUCUGCCCAUACUGUCCCAACAGGCCCAUCGCUGGUGACUUGAUGGACCAUUUCAAGACUACCCACGGGCUGGUCGUAACCAUUCAGCCACCCCAGGAGACUCUGCCCCAUCUGGGCAGAACAGCGAGCCGCAGCCCGAGCCUGAGUCCCAGGGAUGGAGCCGCUGCAGCGACUUCAGCUACUCCAACCAACCAGGCCAGACUUGUCUCUCGAGUUCACAGAGACAGCAUCAACGGGCAGGGUAGGAGUGGUACCGCUUCCCCUGUUUCGCCCCUGGUGAACGGCAGCCCCUCCGCCGGGGGCGGAUCACCGUUAGCCAGUUCUCCUCUGCCUGUGUCUCCCCCAAGGGCUCCGUCUCUGACUUUGUCACCUGUGCCUGAGGUCCUGAGGGAGAAGCUGGGAUCGUCACACGUUCCGGACAAGGCCGCCCAGACCGUGGCCUCCCACAUCCCUGUACCCAGCGUCAGUCCUAAAACCACCCCAGUCAUCUCCCCUGUGCAGAACGGUAACUCGCGCUUCUGUCGGCUGUGCAACAUCAAGUUCAGCAGCCUCUCCACGUUCAUAGCUCACAAGAAAUACUACUGCUCUUCCCACAGUGCCGAACAUGUUAAGUGAGCUAAGACACUUUUGAUCUUUCCCUUCCCUUUCAUCUUUCUGAGCGGAAGUUUUCCUUCACUAAGUUUUAAAUGGCUCAGAGGGUCCUCCUCCUCCCCCGCCAGUGUCCCACAUAGGUGCCAAAACGGUGCUCGGCUGGCAUCACCACGAAUGACAGUGAAUGACUGUUACUCACCUGGCAAGGCCCGAUGCCUGGCUCCUCCAGAGCAGAAUUCCCAGGUGGUGUUACUCACAUACAGACACUGAAAUUCCUCCUUUGGGUCAAAGUGUGUAGUACACUAAGAGCUGAGACACAUGCUACCUGCACACUGGUGUGCCCUCGUCCCGAAGAUCACUCUUUGUACACCAGUCGCUGAUUCAACACUUACCACACCCUCGCCUCACAGUAGUGUUAUUAUGGGACGCUAAAUAGAUGUAUGUCAGCAAAACCUUUUUUCUGUCUCUGAACUGAGCUUUUCAUGGCAGUAAUUCCAUUCUGACUGAUGAUGAUGAUGAUGAUAGUGCAUCUCCAGUGUUUCCCCGCCCCCUGAGCUCUUUUACGUUCCCAGACCUAAACGGAGGAAUCAUUUCUCUUGUGUGGAAAAAAAAGACUUGAUCAUUGUUGAUGUUUUUAUUAUCUGUGCAUAGUGUAUGAUGUCUGAAAAGAAAAGAAUUCUAUGCUUUUGGGUUCAACACUGGCUCUUUUCUGCUUACUAGAGAAGCUGAGGCAUUUUAGCUGACACACAGAUAUGUGCUAUCACGAUGUUACUUAUUACUGAAGGAUAAUAUUUCAAAAUGGGACUUUUUUUUUCCUUUCAUACACACAAAUUUUUAUUUUCUCUGUAA